GCUAAUUUUGCAUAUCUUUGUCUCAAGAUUUCUAGUGACUGCAUGGACAGUUCUCUUUUAUUUUAAUUGUCGUUUGGUGUCAGGUGUAGAUUUAGAUUUUGUUCAUCCAUCUAGGUUGUUGUCAUUACCUGAAUCUUCUUGUUUUUUGACGCUGUCACGUUUAAAUUAUGUCAGAAACAAAAACACAAUUGGCCAUUUGGCUGACGUGUCGUUUAGACAUGAAAAGUCAGUUGGUUUUGGACUUAUAGAUUUCUCGACAUUCAAGUGGCCGAAUGGAAACAAUUUAUCUUAUGUAACUGGAAGCAACGAUGAUAGAAAUGUAUUUCUUCUCUUCAUUAAAAAUAAAAUUGACAGAUCUUGUUUACUACCAUCAAAUAUAAAAGAUAAAAUGCCUACAGAAAAGGUGUAUCAUGGACAAGUAACAAUAGAAAACUUAGUUAAUUUCUUAAACAAUAAUUGUCAUAUGUACAGAAAUUCUGAUGGAUCACUAACAGUACAGGGGAUGCAUCAUGAAUAUAUAUUGCAGAAUUUAUUUCGAGUUGAAAAUGUUUCUGAUUUGAACAUGGCAAGGUUAAUAAAAAUUCAAAUAGAAGAUGAGGAAAGCAAGCUUGCAAAGAAAGACUUGACAUAUAAAGAACAAAUAGGUUCAUCAGAAACAUGUAAACCAGAUGAAGUAUCAAAAUUAAAAUCAAAAUCAAAGAUGUUGUUUCAGCAUGAAACCCAUCUUCCUAUCCCACAAUGUGAAAAAAUACCACUGCCGUCGAGAUCGGAGUUUUUCAAUGAAUUCUUGUCCCUCUCAAAGCCGGUAAUCAUCCAAGGUGCCAUGAGUGAUUGGGCAGCUUUUAAGAAGUGGACAAAUAAAUUUCUUCGUAAAAAGUUUGGAAAUCGAACCGUUCAUGUUAAACUGACGCCAGGUGGAGAGUACGAAGGCGUAGAGAAGACGUCUCUGUGGGAGAACUUUAAAGCAUUUAAAAUCCCUCCAUCGGUGUUUCGACAGCUUCACUUCCCAGAUCUGGUCGUUGUCAGGCCAGCUACUCAAAAUGUGAAAUUUUCUGAAUUUAUGGACAUCGUAGAAUCUGUCUCAACAGGCAAGCUGAGAAAUGUGUCGGCCUAUCUGGAAUACACGUCGGUAGACCAGUAUAUGCCCGAACUGAAGAAAGACCUCAAGGAAAUGCCAUUCUUCACUGACUUGCUGGAACUGAAACAUCUUAACAUGUGGCUCAGUGAUGGUAACACUCUGGGCAAAACACACUUUGACCCAUUUGAUAAUUUUCUCUGCCAAAUAAGUGGUCAGAAGCAAGUUAUUCUGUACAGUCCCCAUGACGGAGAAAAGAUGUAUGAAGGCCACAUCCCUGAGGCUAUUCUGUCGGUGAACCGACAUAACUACACGUUCCGCAGAAAGACUCUGCUCGACAGUACGUCCAUGGUUAUGUCCCCUGUUGACAUCGUCUCUCCCGAUUUGCAAAAAUUCCCCCGGUUUGCCGAUGCCCGACCCUCUGAACUGCACAAUAAACGAAGGCGAGGUUUGUGGUUGACUCUUCAUGCCAAUGCAUUCUGGUGGCACGAGGUUCAGUCUCGACCCUAA